AUGGCCUUCCGAGGUGAUGCGCGAGGACGUGGCGGAUUCAGAGGUGGUGAUAGAGGAAGAGGAUCGUUUGGUGGAAGAGGUGGAGGGCGUGGUGGGUUUCAACAACAGAGCUUUGGACCGCCUGCACAAGUCUUUGAAAUGGGCACCUUCGUGCACGCCACCGAAGGUGAAAUGGUCUGCGAGUCCGUCAACGCAAAGAUACCCUAUUUCAACGCCCCCAUCUACCUCGAGAACAAGACUACCAUAGGGAAGGUGGAUGAGAUCUUGGGACCCAUCAACCAAGUCUACUUCACAAUCAAGCCGCAAGAGGGGAUUCAAGCGACGUCGUUUAAGAAGGGUGACAAAUUCUACAUUGGAGGGGACAAGUUAUUACCGCUGGAGAAGUUCUUACCCAAACCCAAACCGCCGCCAGGUGCGUCAAAGGUCAGGAAGGCGGCAGACUUGCCUUUCGCCUUCUACCACUCGAGCACCGAAGCCAUGUCGCGACGGGCGGGGUCUACCAACGGCGGCGAGAAACAAACUCCUGCGCAACCCAAGGACAAUGCUCAGUCGAAGCAAGCAAUGCUGUUAUCUCAGGACGCUGGGCAUUUCAGUCUGAUUAGGGCGCUUCAUCUCGCUGAUCUGAUCACUGAACUCAAUGGCUUCUGUGGAUUCAUGUCCAUUCUCUCCUCGAUGCGGUACUGUCUCGCAGACCCGAGCGAUCUCACAAAUCUCUGGCUCGCCUUCGGUCUAAUGCCAUUCGGGCUGUUCUUCGACUUUUUGGACGGCAAGGUGGCGCGAUGGAGAGAAAAGUCAUCCUUGAUGGGCCAAGAGCUGGACUCUCUUGCGGACUUGGUCACAUUCGGUGUUGCUGCCGCCGCCGCGGGAUUCGCGAUGGGUUUCCGUACAAACGUCGACCAGCUCUUCCUCGGCUUCUACGUCCUCUGUGGAUUGACUAGAUUGGCACGGUUCAAUGUGACUGUCGCAAUGCUACCGAAGGACAAGUCUGGCAAAUCGAAGUACUUUGAGGGCACUCCGAUACCGUUUGCUUGCUUGAUAAGCUUGACGAUGAUGACGACUUGCGCUUGGUUUGGUUGGAUACACGAGGAUAUACCCCUAGGGACUAUCUUGAGUGGCACCGAGCUCGAGUUCCAUCCCAUUGUGGCCAUCUUUCUCAUCAAUGGGGUUCUCAUGACGAGCAGAACAAUACAUGUCCCCAAACCGUAG